AAUUCGACAACAAAUCAAUAACUUAAAUUAAGAGUUCUCCAACCCUAAUGGAAACUGAAAUUGUUUUUAUUUGAAAAUUUUCUAAUUUUGUUUGUAAUCCAAAUGUGUACUUGCAGUGCCUCCAGUUGCAGCUAGCCGCAAAAUCCAUCGUCUCUUCUUUCAAAGUGGUGCUUCUCUUUCUCUUUCUCUACUUUUUUUUCUUCAAAGCUCAAAGAAAUUUUAUUUACAUUCAAAAUGCUGGCUUCUAAAGGAACAACUUUCUCAGAUUGUAGCGUAAUGAGGACUUUAUUCUCUCCCUGCAAAAUUUCACAUAUACCAGUUGUUAGCUUUGGACACAAAAGAUCGUUAAAAAUCUACAGUGCGAAAAUGGAGCUCUCAAUCACACAACCUGAUGAUUGGCAUCUUCAUCUCCGUGAUGGUGAUGUUCUUAAGGCAGUUGUCUCUCACAGUGCACAUCACUUUGGGAGGGCAAUAGUCAUGCCAAAUUUGAAGCCUCCUAUCACUACCACUGCUGCUGCUGUAGCAUACCGGGAGGCGAUAUUGAAAUCUUUACCUGCUGAUAGUGAUUUCAACCCUCUUAUGACACUUUAUUUGACAGAUACAACCAGUCCUAUGGAAAUCAAACUAGCAAGAGAGAGCCAGGUCGUAUUUGGGGUGAAGUUGUACCCUGCUGGUGCCACGACAAAUUCUCAAGAUGGAGUGACUGAUCUUUUUGGGAAGUGUUUACCAGUUCUACAAGAAAUGGUUGAGCAUAAUAUGCCUUUGCUGGUUCAUGGAGAGGUUACUAAUCCUGAGGUUGACAUGUUUGAUAGAGAAAAGGUAUUCAUUGAAACGGUUCUAAGACCUUUGGUGCAGAAAUUUCCACGAUUGAAGGUCGUGAUGGAGCAUGUCACCACCAUGGAUGCUGUUAAGUUUGUUGAAUCUUGCAGUGAAGGAUUUGUUGCAGCGACUGUCACCCCACAACAUCUUGUUUUAAACAGGAAUUCUCUCUUCCAAGGGGGCUUACAACCGCAUAAUUACUGCCUUCCAGUCCUCAAAAGAGAGAUCCACAGGGAGGCACUUGUGUCAGCUGUAACAAGUGGAAGUAAAAGAUUUUUUCUUGGGACUGAUAGUGCUCCUCAUGAUAGACGAAGAAAAGAAUGUUCUUGUGGAUGUGCUGGUAUUUACAAUGCUCCUGUAGCCUUAUCAGUAUAUGCAAAGGUGUUUGAAAAGGAAAAUGCACUUGACAAGCUCGAAGCAUUUACCAGCUUCAAUGGACCAGACUUUUAUGGGCUUCCGAGGAACAACUCAAAGAUUAAGUUGAGUAAGACACCAUGGAAGGUACCCGAAUCCUUUUCAUAUGCAUCAGGAGAUAUAAUUCCCAUGUUUGCUGGUGAAAUGCUCGACUGGUUGCCGGCUCCUCUCUGAGAAAGGAAAAAAAAAAGAGAUUCCCAUUCUCAUUUGUUGUUCUUGUACUGUAAUACUGUGAUUUAACUAAAGAUAUAGAGUGCAGGUGUGUCAUCUUUCCUUUCAUGUUUUAGAUAUUAUCGCGAUGAUAAUUAUUGAAACAGUAAGUUUUCUAUAUGUGACUGAACUAAAGCUUUAGUUCGACCCAUUAUGAUUGAUUUUAAAUAAAGAUGAGGUUUAGUACAACAAGGUCA